GAAGCGCCACUUGUGUUCCAAGCCAAAAGAAGAAAAAACUGAUUCCAGUGCGAAAACGGAAUUUCUUCCACCCCCGGAAUAAAUCCCAAAGAUCUCAGUUUUCUCCUGCUUAUUUCAGGAUUUGGAGAUAUUUGGAUAGAGGAGCGUGGGAGAGCAUUGAUGGAGUGGGGCGGAGCUUUCUAAAUCGGGAAGGGAGGAGGGGUGCAAGCGAAUUCUAUCCAAUUGCACGUUAGAAUAAAUGUUACAGGAUAGCACCAUGGGGUGACAUAGAUUUUUACUUACUUCUCUCCCUUCUUCUAUUCUCCAUCUCCAAAGGGUCAGAAACAACGAGAGGUUUCAGAAAGAUAGCUCCUUUGUUUCUUGUACACAGAAAGUGUGCUCCUUUCUUCUUCUUUCUUCUUAUUCUAAGCUGUUCCUCUUUUUUAUUCUUCCAAGUUCUGUGCUUUUCUUGAUCUUCUUCUUCCUCCUCCUCCUCCUUUUUUGGACAUAGAUUGUUGUAUUUUUGUUUGAUUUUACAUGGAGAGGUGUUGAUAUUGGUAUUUGGCUAAUAAAUUAGAGCAAGGGAGAAGAAGAGGGGAAAGGAAUCCAAAUAUCAGUACUGUAAUAAAAAAAAAAAAGGAUGGCGGCCGAACGGCGAAGGCGUUCCAAUCUCCAGAGCUUCCUCACCCGCACCACCCCUUCCGUGCCGUCGCAUUCUCUCCCAAAGACAUGCAUUCGAGAUCUGAACAGCCUCUGGUAUCCAGUUGGCAAGGACAGGGUUGAGUACUUCACUCUUGGAGACCUCUGGGAUCAGUAUAACGAGUGGAGUGUCUAUGGUGCUGGUGUCCCAGUUGUCCUCGACAACGGCGAGACUGUAGUUCAGUACUAUGUACCCUACCUGUCUGCUAUCCAGAUUUACACCAGCAAAUCUCCUUUGGCUUCAAGGAACAUGCUGGAAGAGAGUGAGAGUGAUUCUUUCAGCGAUGACAGUGAGAAUGAGAAGCUAUGUAGGUCAUGGGAUGCCGUAUCAGACGACUCAGUCUUCGACCAGGAUUCUUCAUGGCCAACAAGGGAAAACCUAGGUCAUUUAUGCUUUCAGUAUAUUGAGUAUGAUGCUCCUUAUGGAAGACUGCCACUGACAGACAAGGUAACUGAGCUAGCUCGGAGUUUUCCUCAUUUGAUGACCCUUAAGAGUGUGGAACUAUCACCUGCUAGCUGGAUGUCAGUUGCAUGGUACCCUAUUUAUCACAUUCCAACUCAUAGAAGUGUCAAAGAUUUGUCUGCAUGCUUUCUGACUUAUCAUACCAUCUCCUCAGCUUUUCAAGAUAAUGUGACCGGGGAUAUGGAGAAAUGCGGACAUUGUACUACAGGAAAUGGACUUGAACAAAAGAAACAGAGCAGCCGCAUCACUCUUUCUUCCUUUGGACUGGCCACUCACAAAGUACAGGGGAGUAUCUGGACAAAUCCUGAAUGUUCAGACCAUGAAAACCUCAGUAAUCUCCAGAGUGCUGCAGCCUCCUGGUUGAGGCAGCUUGGUGUUCAGCAUCAUGACUUCAACUUCUUUGUUACUCACUGAUGUAAAUAGUUUUUGUUUCCAUUUUUCUUAGUGAGCUGCUGCGUGCUGCGGUAAUGUUGCCCUGCUAAAGUUUGGAGAGCUGUAUGAAGGGUGAGAACUCUAACUUCUGAGUAGGUUGAACAGUUAUGGUGGACAAAAAAUCAGUGUUGUUUUAGUUAAAAUGUGUUGAUGGUGCACAGAACUGAAAGUAGGUUUUGUGUUAUGAACUUUUCCUAUUUGAGAGAUCAUGAAUUUUAACAUUUUGACACAUUAACCUUUUAUUGACAGUGUUUUUCUGUUGU